AUGGUUAUUGUAGGAAUCGAACCUACUGAACAAAAUGAAGUUCAAAACCAUUAUAACCUAUUUAAACUUGUUCGGGCACCAAAUUUGGCACCAAAUCAAGUAGCUUUUCGUAUACCACCAAAUGUGAACAAACUUGACAUUCGUGAUUACUUAACUCACAUAUAUCAAAUUAAAGUUGUUGAUGUACGUACAAUGAAUUAUGCAGCAAAAAGACCAGUUAGGAAAAGAGAUGGGGCAAUGAGGGGUAAAUAUGUAUCAAAAUAUAAGAAAGCAAUUGUUACUUUAUGUGAUAAUUUCAAAUAUCCUCCUAUUCCUGAUAAACAAUCUUUGGACGAAUAUGAGGAUAGGGCUGAAAUUACUAGAAUGAAUUUUAGAAGAUUAAGAGGAUGGAAACCUAGACCACAAAGAAUUAAUAUGCGAAAAAAGGAAAGAUAUGAGAAAUUUAAUGAUUAUUAA